AUGACUUCACUCCCAAAGAGGAUUAGACCAGUCCCUUUGCCUGAAGCUGUUCCUGCCACCCCAGUGCCUAGGACGCGAUGCCACGCCAUGCAUGGCAACAACUACGCCGCUCACGAUGAUGACCGUGCAGGUGGCAGGGCUGAUAUACACAACCUUGACGCGCCAGGUCAGCAGGAACGGCACCACUUUGGGGGCGCACCGGCAGGGAUUGGUGACGAUGUUGCUGCCAGCAGGGAUAUUUUUGGAGAACAAGGAGGAGGGUUCGGGUGGCUCAGAGAGUUUGGAAACGGAAAGACGGACAUCGCCGGGCUGGUUCUUUCGACGGUGCUCCUGAUGACGGCGGUGGGGGCACCACUAGGGGCCGCCGCGGACCUGGGAGUCGUGGACGGCCGUGUGCUCGACCCGUCCUCGCUCAGUCAUGGACCGACCGCCGUGCGCUUGAACGUUGAGAACGCGGUGCCAGUGCCCACAGCGGAGAAGGCAAGAGCUAAUCGUGUCGGCGCCUUGAACCUCGGGGGUCUGCCGCCGAGACGCCCGCCGGUGACUCGCGUUGCUGGUGUCGAAAGCGAGGUCGGGGCAGUCGGCGAGGCGUCGACACGGAGAACGGGGCCUCUGGCGAAGAUGGCGGGAGAUUCGAUGUCGGCGGUGCGCGACAUCGCGCACAGGGCGGGAGCGAUCGCGGCCUCGCGAGGGCCCGGAAGGGAAAGUGCCCCCGGUGCUCCCGGGCCCCUCCGUACGGCGAAACCAGACGUCCAUAAAGAACCACCCCCCGAAAAGACGGAAGACUCGGGAUCUGUCGUAGGCGAUGACCAUCCUCACACGUCUCUUCAGAGAGGGGUUCCCUCCGCCGGAAGGUCGACAACCGUCAAUGCCGUCCGGUCCGGGGGGCAAGUCGAGGACGGAACUGGGGCGGCUGCUAAGGCUGCUCGUUCGGACCAACUUGAGGAGCUGGAAAACGAGCACACCAAGCUGUUCGGAGAUUCCCUGCCGCUAUCCACCUUGCCCGACAGCUUCAAUCGCGCCAUCAGGAGAGCACUCCCGUCCGUGCUCCCGCCGGCGAUGGCCGUGUUCCUCACGGUGUCCAUGCCGGCCGUGAUACUGCUGCUGAAAGGAGUAGGCACUACGCUGGUGGCUGUCGCGAAAGGAUACGGGAAGGCAGACCGGCGGCGCUCAGACGACGGGCACGACGUUGGUUCCGCUCUGGAGGUCGGCUUCGGCGGUGGUGGCGGUGUUUUUGGUGGUAGUGUUGGCGGCGAAGGAAAACGCCGUGAACGCGGACCGGAAACCCCUGGUUCGGCCUUCCAAAUGUUUCUCGGAGGGAAUGGCGGCAGUGGUGGCGUUGAUGCGGGCGGAAGCGGACACGGUGGUGAUGUAGAUACCAGGGCGGGCGGUCCUAUGGGGGACAGCUCCGGGGGAGUCGCGCCGUUCGCGCCUCCUUUGACGGUGCAGCAGGUGAGCACGGAGAGACAGGGGUUCUUCUCCAAGCCGAGGCAGCAGCACCCGCAGUUAAAAGACACCGGUGGUGGGUUCGCGGUGGGAGACGACGCGAUGGCAGCAAUGGCGAUGGCGGCAAUGACUCAGGAACUGACAGUCAUGAAGCACUCACUACAAAAAGAGGUUGAAUCCAUGAGAAACGAGCUCGAGCGCGCGAGUGACGACUCGAGGCGCCUCACCGACAAGCUUUGCCGCCUAGAGGAAGACAACCGACGGCUUGAAGCUGUGGUAUCACGCUUGGGGGGGCAAGAUGCUCGGCGCCUCAAAGCCCAGUUAUUUUCGCUGCUAGCUUCGCCUUCGAUGGGACAGCUUGGACAAGGCAACCCCUCGACCCAGCUGAGCCCAGCCUGA